UUGUCUUUUGCUGCUUAUUAUGUAGACUUAUUUUCCUGUGUUUCUUGCGAAACUCUAAUAUACUUUCUAGAAACCAAUCAUCGCUUGCCGAUAUGGUCGUUUGUACAACAAAGAAACGGUCAUUGAAGCUAUACUCACGAAAACUAUCCAGAACUAUGAGGCUGCCGCACAUAUCAAAGGAUUGAAGGAUUUCAAAGAGCUGAAAUUGAGAGAGAAUAAGGACUUUAAGAAGGACGAGGUAAAAGGAGACGAAUACUUGGACAGCAAUCAGUCCGAAUUCCUUUGCCCCGUAACUUCGCUACCAAUGAAUGGCAUCAACAAGUUCAUUGUGAACUGGAAGUGUGGCUGUGUAUUCUCAGAAAAAGCAGUGCAAGAGGUGAAGUCGGAUGUGUGCUACGGAUGCUCUGGCCCUUGGGAUCCAAAAGACUCAGUGGUCUUAUAUCCAGAUGAGGAUCUUUUGGAAGAAUACAAACAAAAGUUAGCUGCUGAACGUGCAGAGAAGAAGAACAAGAAGAAGAACGGAGAAAAUGGUGUAGAAAAGGUUAACGGAGAAAGCGCUGAGAAGGCUGUUGCCAGUGGUGAGCAUAAGAAGGAAGAACACGGACACAAGAAAGAUGCUUAUAAGCAUUUGCAAAAUAGUGGAUCGUCUUCCUCGAAUGAUGACUCUUCUGUUUCAGACAAAGAGAAACACAAAAAAGCAGAAAAGCGAAAACAUGAAAGCGAUAUUCAGUCUGAUCCCACGAAAUCUGAGGCCUAUAAAAAAUUGUUUACAACUUGUGAAGAGGCCAAAAACAAACCCGCCCAACACUGGAUUACCUAUAACCCAUUAUAUUAUUAG